UCUUAACAACAAUUCUCUCCUUCAUUAUUAUUCCAUCCAUGGAUCAUUAUUCUAUUCAAUGACCCACCUUGAUUUCCUUCCACUUCAAUACAAAAAUAUCUUAUAUUUCCAUAGGUGAUACCCAUCUGCGGAUUUCUUCUGGAUUACCAUUAUUAUUGACCUGUAGUACAAGGGCCAUUGCUGUCUCUUUCAGGAAAUGGAGAAAAAGAUGUACCCAAUUGGCCCUGAAAACUACAUGCUUUACGAGGAGGUAGGACAGGGCGUAAGUGCUUCGGUGUUUCGCGCUCUUUGCCUUCCCCUUAAUGAAGUUGUCGCCAUUAAAAUUCUCGACUUUGAACGUGACAACUGUGAUCUGAAUAACAUAUUUCGUGAAGCACAGACAAUGAUUUUGGUUGACCAUCCUAAUGUUCUUAAAUCUAAUUGCUCGUUUGUGAGUGAUCACAAUUUGUGGGUGGUCAUGCCUUACAUGGCUGGCGGUUCAUGCCUUCACAUUUUGAAGGCUGCAUAUCCAGAUGGUUUUGAGGAGGUAGUUAUUGCAACUGUAUUGCGUGAGGUGUUAAAGGGAUUAGAAUAUCUUCAUCAUCAUGGCCACAUUCAUCGUGAUGUUAAGGCUGGAAAUGUUCUUAUUGAUUCUCGUGGUGCAAUUAAGCUUGGAGAUUUUGGUGUAUCCGCAUGUUUGUUUGAUUCAGGAGACCGACAAAGGACGAGGAACACAUUUGUUGGAACUCCUUGCUGGAUGGCUCCCGAGGUUAUGGAACAAUUGCAUGGUUACGACUUCAAGGCUGAUAUCUGGUCCUUUGGGAUAACUGCUUUGGAGCUUGCCCAUGGACAUGCACCUUUUUCAAAGUACCCUCCAAUGAAGGUGCUGCUUAUGACACUGCAAAAUGCACCUCCUGGCCUUGAUUUAGAGAGAGAUAAGAAAUUUUCAAAGUCCUUUAAGCAAAUGAUUGCUAGCUGCUUAGUGAAAGACCAAUCAAAACGUCCUUCUGCAAAGAAGUUACUAAAGCAUUCAUUUUUCAAGCAAGCAAGGUCAAAUGAUUAUAUACUACGGACACUUUUUGAAGGCCUUCCCGCUCUUGGUGACCGUAUUAAGGCUAUAAAAAUGAAAGAAGAAGACAUGCUAGCAAAAAAGAAAAUUCCAGAUGGACAGAAGGAAGAAAUGUCGCAGAACGAGUAUAAACGAGGAAUAAGUGGCUGGAACUUUAAUGUUGAAGAUGUGAAGGCUCAAGCUUCUUUGAUCCUAGAUGAUGAUAUUGUAUCUGAAGCAAGCACAAAUCCGCAGUCUGGGCUUGAUCAUGAAAAGAAGUUUCAGCAGCAGUUGUCUUCAAUUAGCUACUCUUCUCAGGAAGAAAAUGAUCAAUUGCAAACUCAACCUCCCUCAGUUCUCUCAAUUGGUACUCUGAGUAAAGGUGACAAAUCUGAGAAUGAAACAAGCAUUGUGAGCUCAAGCAUUGAGCAUCAUAUCUCACGAAAUUCUUCCCCUCGUACAGUGGAUAGCGUAGAAAAUGUUCUAACUGGAAAACCUGGGAUAGAUACUAUUAAUGGAAGAAAUUGGGAUAUGUCUACACUAGCUCAUCGAAGAAGGGCGGGUUCAAUGGGAAGCAUUAUGUUGCCUGAUUUCAAAGAUGAGAGUGAGAGGCCACAAAAUCAUUCGAUGGACAUGUCAAGCUGUAAUGGACUUGGGGCUGGGGAUGAUAUGCAUCCUGAAUCUCUUAGCAGAGGCUCGAAAACAUCAGCAAACAGUGACGAACUUGAUGAGAAAGCCAAACCGGUCAUACAGCAAAAGGGACGGUUUAAAGUUACAUCUGAAAGCAUUGACGUGGAAAAAGCGUCCACUUCUACAAUGUUGCCCAAGAGCCACAGCAUGCAGGUCAUUGCACAGAGCCCUUACCUUCCUCUUCCCUCGCCAUCAGGAACCAUUUUCUCAAAUCAUCUUCCUGUCAAUAACACUCCUUUCCCUCUACUGCACUCACUUUUACAAACAAAUAUUCUUCAACAGGAGCAAAUCCUAACCCUGAUGAAGCGCAUGACAUGUGGUGAACAUUCAGGUGAAGGAGGAUUCCAGGCAGAAAAAUCAAUUUUUUGUCAGUUAGAGGCAUCUCAUGAGAGGGAGAAAGAACUACUAAAUGAAAUAAGUGAUCUGCAAUGGAAGCUUUCUUGUGUUAAAGAGGAGCUUCUGAAAUAUAAAACAGAAAACGGGCAGGUAUGAUUCCUUGUUGAAAAAGAACUCAACUCAGAUAGAUUUCUUUGCCAUGAUUCAAAUGGAAAAAAACCUUGUUGGGCGCAAUGAAUAUGGAGAAAGAUUGAAGCUAACUUAAUUAGAUCCAAAAGUAGGUUCAGAUGCUUGUGAACUCAUUCCUAGAUAAUUUUAAAUUUGACCCUUUUGACAGAGAAUGUAUAUAUAUUGUAGACUUGUAUUUAGUGUUCUGUACUUUUCAUUUCUAGCAAAGAGUGCAGAUUUGAAUACUGGGUUUUCUGCAAUUUUUUCAUUUACACAUCCUUUAUACAUUUGGGCAAGAUUGGAUGAGCAGAUUUCUUUUUUUUGUAUCACUCCAUAUUCCAUUUGCACCAUAGUGGGACAUCAUGAACUUCUUUAGCUUAUGAAGAUUUGAAUACUGGGCUUUCUGCAUAUUUUCAUUUACGCAUCCUUUAUACAUUUGGGCAAGAUUGGAUGAACAAAUUUCCUUUUUAUUUUUUUUAUCACUCCAUAUUGCAUUUGCACCGUAGUGA